UGCAACCUCGCGCUUCUGUCUUCCUGUUUGAGAGCCGCAGCUGUAAAAAUGGCAGCUGAUACAGGCAGAUACAGGAGUGCUGUUAGCAAAAACAAAGACCCUUCUGGUCUUCUCAUCUCCGUCAUUAGGACUCUGUCCAGCAGCGAUGAUGUGCAGGACAGAGAGACAGAGAAGGGUCGUCUGGAAGAGGCGUUCGAGACAUGUGACAGGGAUUUAGAUGAGCUGAUUGUUCAGCACUAUGCCGAACUCACCACUGCCAUCAGGACCUACCAGAGCAUCACGGAGCGCAUCACCAGCUCCCGCAACAAGAUUAAACAGGUGAAGGAGAACCUCCUGUCUUGUAAGAUGCUGCUCCACUGUAAACGGGACGAGCUGAGGAAGCUGUGGAUCGAAGGCAUCGAACACAAGCAUGUGCUCCAGCUGCUGGAUGACAUUGAAAACAUCAAGCAGGUGCCUCAGCGUCUGGAGGCCUAUAUGGCAAGCAAGCACUACCUUCAUGCCACAGAUAUGCUGGUGAAAGCUGUGGAGUCCUUAGAAGGCCCCUUGUUGCAGGUAGAGGGGCUUGGAGACCUGCGCCUGGAGCUCCACAGCAAAAAACUCAACAUUCACUUGGUGCUCAUUGAUGAGCUGCACCGACACCUCUACAUCAAGUCCACAAGUCGCUUGGGACACAAGAACAAGGACAAAAUUGCUGCUCGCCUUCCAGGCUCAAUGGCCAAAGACUCCUCUCCAAUGCCUGUGCUGGAUAUCAGCAGCCUGUCGACCCCACGCAAGCUGUUGGAUUCAUCACAGUUCAGCACCCCUGGAUCCGGCAGUGUGCGUGAGCUGCAGCAAGAUAUGCGGGAACUGAGCCAAGCAGAUCUCCCCGAGGUGGAUCCAGAGGAGAACAGUGCUGAGUUCAUGGGCAUCCUCAUCAGAGCUCUGGCCAAGUUGAAGAAACUCCCAGAGACCAUCAAAGCCAUAAUGGAUCGGCUGGAACCUGAACUGAAACAGAUAGUGAAGAGGUCCACCACUCAAAUUGCAGACCAUGCUUACCAGAGGGGAGAAAACCUGGCUCAGGAGAGCCAGCCAAGGCUGUUGCUGGAACUGCUGGAGCUUCUGAUUGAUAAGUUCAAGGCAGUGGCCCAGGCUCACAGUGUGGUGCUGGCCCACCUGCAGCACAUCGCGGUGCAGUGUCCGGGUGGGACCCAUGAAGAGGACAUCAAGCUCUACGACCAGGCGGACGUCUCUGCCAAGAUCCAGACAGUCCUGCAGGUUCUGCUUAUGGAGUAUCUGGAUGUGAAGAACAGCCGCAGUGCCACAGAGCCGUCGGCUCAGCUCUCCUAUGCCAGCACUGGCAGUGAGUUUGCUGCUUUUUUUGCAAAGAAGAAACCACAGCGUGCCAAGCAGUCGCUCUUCAAGUUUGAAUCAUCUUCCCAUGCCAUCAGCAUGAGUGCCUACCUGAGAGAGCAGAGGCGAGAACUCUACAGCAAGAGUGGAGAAUUACAAGGUGGUGCUGAUGACAACCUGAUUGAAGGAGGAGAAAUGAAGUUUCUGUGUAAGCCGGGAGCGAGAAACAUCACUGUCAUAUUCCAGCCUCUUCUCAGAUUCAUCCAGGAGAUCGAGAUGAACAUGGGGCCAGGCCAAGCCAAGCAGUGCCAGCUACGAGCUUUCCUUACUUACUACAUUAAUGACCUUUUCCUCAACCAGGUGCGAACAGAGAUCAACAAGGAAAUUGAGGCAGUGAGCAAAGCAGCUGAUCCCUUGAAGAUCCUUGCCAGUGCUGAUACUAUGAAGCUGCUGGGCGUCCAGAGGCCCCUGCUGCAGAGCACGGUGGUUGUGGAGAAGUCUAUCCAGGAUCUAAUGAGCCUGAUGCAGGACUUGAGCGCCUACUCCAACCAGUUCCUCGAGAUGGUCUGCGACAAGCUCAAAGAAUACAAGGAAAUCUGCAACACAGCCUACAGAGGUAUAGUACAGUGUGAGGAAAAGCUGACCAUCAGUGCUUCCUGGUCUAAAGAUGAGGACAUCAGCCGAUUGCUGCAGUCCCUCCCUAACUGGGCAAAUAUGGCUCAGCCCAGACAGACCCGACAGAAGAGAGAGGAUGAAGAGGACUUUACCAGGGCCGCUUUUGCUAAGGAGUCAGAAGUGCUGACAGGCAACCUUGGAGACAAGUUAAUCCCUCAGAACGAGAUCCUGCGUGACGUCAGUGACCUCAAAGCUCUGGCCAACCUUCACGAGAGCAUGGAAUGGCUCGCCGCUCGCCUCAAGACGUUCUUCGCCAACCUGCCUCAUGCCUCCAGUGCUUCUCCAUGCUCAGCAGACAACCAGGUGGUUGGUGAGAGCGAACGCAGCAGGGAGCAGAUUCUCCAGACCCUCAGUGACCUGUCCAGGGGAUUCCAGGAUAUUGCCGACCGUUGUCUCCUGGUAUUGCAUCUGGAGGUCAGGGUGCAUUGUUUCCACUACCUGAUCCCCCUGACCAAGCAAGGAAAUUAUGCUAUCGUGGCUAAUGUGGAGAGCAUGGACUACGACCCGCUGGUGGUCAAACUGAACAAGGAUAUCUCAGCCAUAGAAGAAGCAAUGGGGGCCGCCUUGCAGCAGCACAAGUUCCAGUAUAUCUUUGAAGGCCUCGGUCAUCUGAUUUCCUGUAUUCUAAUCAACGGGGCUCAGUACUUUAAGAGGAUCAGUGAAUCUGGUAUCAAGAAGAUGUGCAGGAACAUCUUCGUCCUCCAACAGAAUCUCACCAACAUCACCAUGUCCAGGGAGUCAGACCUCGACUUUGCCAGGCAGUACUAUGAGAUGCUGUACAACACUGCGGAUGAGCUGCUGAACCUGGUGGUGGACCAGGGCGUUCGCUACACGGAGCUGGAGUACAUCAACGCCCUGUCCUUGCUCCAUCGCAGUCAGACGGGUGUCGGGGACCUGAGCACUCAAAACAUUCGGCUGCAGAGGCUGAAGGAGAUCAUCUGUGAGCAGGCCGCCAUCAAACAGGCCACCAAGGACAAGAAGAUCACCACGGUGUAAUGAUGAAACGGAGCACGGAGGCGGCUUGAGUUUGCCUGGGAGAACGAUGAAAGAGAACAGCGGUGCAUUUUCCCAUCAAAUAACUUGCGUCCUACAUGAUUUUGUUUUGCACUUUGAGAUCUCUCAAGCAGGAACACGUGUAGUAGAUAAUUGGGUCAUAUUCGCCCGACUAAAGAGUGGUGGAGAACAAGUCGCGGGAUGGCGAAUAUUUGAGGAUUUGCUUAGAAAAUACUGAAAUAGAUGUUUGCUUUUGACAUGAGCUCAUAAAAAACUAUUGAUGGAAAGCGUGUCUGCUCCAUUUCGUCUUUCCUUAUGUGAAGAAGCACAGUGUAGUCGAGGGUUGACAUAGAUAUACUUUUUUCCAACUUUGGAUUUGUUUAUAUAUAUAUAUAACCUAUAUAUAUGUAUUCUAUUCUUUCCUUUACAGUGCUGACUCACGCUAAUUGGGAGGUAAAGUGACAGCCUGCGCUACGACAAACUUUGCCAGUCUACUCACCCAUGUAUCUAUGUCACAAGCUAACCUAUAUUGUCAGUUUCUACUUUUUAAAAGACAUAGCAAACGCUCAAACUCCAACAGCCCUCUGCUCACAAUGACUACAGCUCCCGAUAAAAGGCGAUUGUGUUGGACUCUCACCCGAACUUAGGCCCUAUCUCAUCUCAUUUUCCUAUUAGAUCUAAACUGCUGCUCUCAAUUAUACCUCUAUCUCUCCUCUCCUGGCAGCCCCAUGGGCCUACUGAUUCUGUCUGCAAUAACAGAUGCCAGAUUAGACUGUCUGAAUGAGGCCACAUCUUCCGCCUGCUGCCAAUUUGGGUUGGUCCCCAAAGAUUUCACUAGCUGAGAAUUGUAUCAUAUCUAUGGUUGUUAAAAAUCUGUUUAUCAGUCUUUUUUUUUUCUUAUAGUUUGUGCAGUAAACUUGUGCGGCUAUUGUGGAAAGUUGGGGAGUAAAUUAACAUUUUUUUUUGCCCGGUGACACUCGGUAAUGACGAUGUUUUUGCUGAUUUCAGUUUCAUCCUUCUGUAAAGUGGGGACAAGAUUUAUUUCAAAUGCCGAUUUCAAGUUCAGCAUGCCACAGUUGAAUGACUAGCACAUUCUGUGUUCAGGCGAGGGAAUACGUUUCAUUCAUCACACUAGCUCUGUAAAUUGAAACUAUGCAAUUCUGAAUCUUUAUUUUGCCGUCCAAACUGCUAGUACGUGUGCUAAAGUCUUUUAAAGGGAACAGAACUCGAGAGACGAACACAAAUCAUUGCCCUCCCUGUUUUUUAGUUCAUUAACUUGGGAGAGAAGUACUUAACGAGAGGAGGAGAGGGGAAUGGGAGCCUUGUCAAUACAGCAGGCCCAGCGCUGGUCUCCCCGAAGCCCACAGAGCAAUCCAUCAUAAUGACACAUCGGCUGGGAUCGAUGGGAAAACAACUGUGGAGCUGCUGAGUGGUUCGCCUACCACUCUGAAACGUACACUCGGUGUAAAAUCUAAAAUCUGCUCAUUCAUCUGUUCACUCCACAGCUACAUUUGUAAUGUUAUACAUGGGAAACUUUAAUACAAUGUUAACUGACUGUGUCAUGCCACCCACUGAUGCUAUUACACCGCUAUCACACUGCACACGCACGACCCAUGAAAGUCCAAAAGGCUUGUAUGUAUUAGUCAUAUAUGUUACUGAGAACCGCUCCUGCUCUUCAUGCUUUUUAUUCUUUAAUUAAAUAUGAAAAGAAAAGUUUGGUUUUUUUGCAUUUAGUCCUCACUCAGCUGCUUUGUUUUUCACAUGUAGGGCCUUUAUUUUACAUAAGAAUGUACUGAAUUCUAAUACAUCCAACUGUUUCAGUCCUGAACAAGUUUAAACGUGUGACUUGUUCUUCUGGUUGUCAAGUGUUGUAAACCCUCUGCAAUUUGUCUACUUUAAAUUGAGCACACUAAUCUACAGAAGCGAAUAAAUUCUUCAAAUUCCA